AUGCCGCGUCCAGCGCGUCGUGCGGCGGACGCGCCUGACGCGCACGCGUGGAUCGGCGAGCUGCUGGGCGAGGAGGCAAUGGCGCACCUCGCUCCUGGCGCCAAGAGCACUGCACAUGCGAUCGGACAGGAUACGGUCGAGCGCAUGGCCGGCGACCUCGUGCGGAUGGCACUCUUUACCGAGUAUCGGCGGCACCCCCUGCGCCGCGACGAUGUAAUGAAAAAGAUUAUUGGAAAGGACGCGAGUCGUGCGUUUCCGGUUAUUUUUGCGGUUGCGCAGCACAUGCUCAAGACCACCUUUGCAUACGAGCUCGUGGAGAUGCGCGCACGCAACCAGGAGAAUCCGCUGCUGGUCGAGCAGGCCGAGAAGCUCGAUGAGCGUGUGGGUGCCAAGCGGCAGCGUACUGAGCCGACGCGGAAGGACAUGUCGGCGUCGGCUACGUGGAUGCUGCGCUCGACGCUGCCGCCUGCCGUCCUUCAAGAACUGGGGCGGCGUGAUACCCAAGACGCGGCGCUCGUUGACUGGAGCAUGGAUGCCCAGCUCGGCGGCAUGGGCCUCCUUUUUCUUAUUCUCAGCAUCAUUCUGCUGUGCGGCCGCCGCGUCGACGAAGGGCGUCUCCGUGCCUAUCUUGCGCAGCUCUCGCUGUCGGUCGACCGUGCGCUUCCGUCAGCGCUGCAGCCGUUUCACGGCAGCGACGAGGGCGAGACAUCGACACAGAGCCGCCAGCGCUUUUCGGGCGACCACAAGCUUACGUUGGAGACCUACAUGGCCCAGCUGCAGCGCCAGGGGUAUCUAGAAAAAGUGCGUGUCGAGACCGUGCGCGGCAGCGACGGCUCUGCGCAGGCGCCUGCGGCCGAGUACCGCUGGGGCCCUCGUGCAGAGGUCGAGAUCGGUGAACAGGCCGUCGGCGCUUUUGUCGUGCGCAUGUUUGGCGCAGUGAAGAACGAGACGCCACAGGACAGCACUGAGCUUGAGAAGCUCAUGGAGCGUGCGGCGGGCACGCCGCUCGUAGGCUAA